AUGGAGCUUUCGCCAACUUCCAUAUCUGUAUCGGACGAACGCCUUGAUGCUUGGCUGCAAGUGCUUGGGUCAUGGGCAGUUCUCAGUCUCUCUUGGGGGUUAGUUAAUUCCUUUGGCGUCUUUCAGACGUUUUAUGAACAACAACUCUUGAAGUCACAUUCACCAUCGGCCAUAUCAUGGAUUGGAUCACUACAAGGUGCACUCUUGAAUUGGGUCGGUGUUAUAUCGGGACCUCUCUUCGAUGCAGGCUAUCUCAGGGUACAACUCAUGACUGGCUCAUUUCUCAUUGUCUUUGCUCAAUUCAUGACAUCUAUUUCCACAAAGUACUAUCAAUUACUUCUCGCACAGGGUAUUUGUGCUGGCAUCGGUAUGGGAAUUAUCGUUCUACCCGCUACAGCUGUCUUGGCUCAGUAUUUCCAGAAGCGGCGAGCUUUGGCAUUUGGGUUGUCUUCAACUGGAUCACCAAUAGGUGGAAUCAUAUUUUCCAUCAAUUUCAGCAAGCUUCAGCCAAUAAUUGGGUUUGGAUGGGCCACUCGAGUAAUUGGUUUCAUUCUUCUCGGUCUUUCUGCUAUACCAAUCGCAUUUAUGCAUUAUCACACCCGGCCAGUUGGUGUGCGCCCGUUGAUCGACAAAACCGCGGUACGAGACUUACCAUUCAUCUUCAUGGCAAUUGGGGCUUUUUUCGCAUUUCUUACAUUAUACAUCGCAUUUUUUUACCUGGAGCUUUUCUAUCAGCAGCUUAACGACUCUGGGCUAGAGUUUGGACCAUACAUAGUAACCAUGCUCAAUGUUGGCAGUAUAUUCGGCCGCAUUGUACCCAACUUCAUGGCGGACAAAUUCGGCUCCCUCAACGUCAUUACAUUUUGUUGUCUUGCAUCUGGCAUUGUGUUAUUUGGUUGGUUUGGUUUGCAUAAUCUAGUGGGCGUUAUCUUUUUCGCUUUACUAUACGGACUCUUCUCUCGCUCCCUUGUUAGCUUGCUACCCAGCUGCAUAAUAACGCUGUCUCCUGAUAUAAAAUACAUCGGUACCAGGAUGGGAAUGUCCUUUUGGUUCGCUGGGAUUUCUCUCCUUAUUGGAACACCAAUUGCUGGUGCGAUCUUGGGGAACGGCCUGCAUUCCAGAUGGAUGGGGCUUAUCGCGUAUUCGGCAGCCGGGCUAAUGAUUGGAUUUUGUUGUUUUGGAGCAUCUAGGAUUCUCUUUUGGAAGCAAAAUGGUGUCGCCAAGGCUUAA